GGUUGGGGGGGGGGGAGGAGGACGGUGGUUAACAAGUUAGAUGAACUGGGGGGGGGGGGGGGGGAGAGUACCCUGGGAGAAAGGGUUGAAUUCUUAUUUCCAUCAUUAUUAGAUAGUAUAAUGUGCACUUACCAAUCAAAAGGAGCUAAAAUUUGGGCGAUAUGGUCUAUGGAACUGGUAGGAGUCUCUCUUCGAAGCUACUUUUGAGGACUGAAGCAAUUAUUUUUAGUUUAGAUGGGAUGGGCACGCAUUUCUGUACAUCAACACGCAUUUCGCAAGCAAAUUAGGCCUUAUGAAUGCGUUGAACAUGCUCUAGUAGCUGCAUUGGCUUACGCUUCGUAACGAGCUUUCUCUCAGCGUAUAUUUCGUUAAAUAUUAUUUUAUGGAAAAGCUCGUCUGUUAUGUAAUGAAAUGUAAGUUGCAAAUGUAUAUGACACCAGAUUACCGUCAAGGCCACUUAUGCAAUCUUCCUGUAACAGUUACGCGCUAUCAGUACUUACCGAAUACAGGCAGCUCUGCAGUCAGCUGACCACUCAACGGACCUAUAUCGAGUACCUGAUCACGACAUGAGGAGAUACUGGUGGCUGACCGUCUCCUAGCAACCCAACUGAGACAACUGGCGACAUAGCAACUGAGCUAGGAGAGCUGGAGGCGGCUGACGUCACACUGACUGCAUGAACCCCGGGGGGGGGGAUUUCCGAGAUGACGUCACCGAUGGCGAUAUGAUCAGCCUUAUGAUCGUGGGUGUUGUAUCAAGGUGAGACCCUGUCAAAAAAUAUAAACGAUAUCAGCCUCUAAACAAGUUCUCAUUAACCUGACAUGAUCCCAGAGUAGAGCCUGAGUCGCGAAUGGCAGACUUGUGGGUUGGACCAUACGCCUCUGGUGAAUCGUCGGAUAUCUAGUAUGGCAGGACUGCUGUCUGGUAGGCCGCACCACUGUGAGGUCGGACCAUGGCUGUCGGGUCGUCGACUCCGACUGGGACCUGCUGAACUCUGACCCGAUACGGACCGGCCGGCCGGCGGUCACCAGAUAGCGGCGGCCGAUCACGCCAGUGGCACCGCGAGUGGCCGCGGGCGCACACCUCCGUCCUCCCUGGGUGACCAUGGUGUCCACAGACCUCAGCUCCGCGCCGCGCAGCCGGCCCGGCAGCGCCGCAGGAGAGGAGCUGAGCCCGACGGUCGACUCGAGCGACGAGCACCAGUCGACGAUCGGCAGCCUCCCGCCGUCGGCUCCGCUGCGCCUCGACAUCCGGCGGGCGCGGCAGACCAGUACCGGGGAGGCCAGCUCGGUGGCCGGGUCGGUGGUGUUCGCCAGCUCGUUAGGUGAUGAGCUGCGCGGUGCCGACGCGCCGCCGCCGGUGUCUGAUGGAGCAGUGCAGCUGGACGGCGGCUACGGCUGGCUGGUGGCGUUCGGCGCCUUCCUCGCCAACCUCUGUGUGGCAGGGACCAUCAAGUCGUUCGGACUGAUCAGCAUCCAGAUUCAGCUGGCGUUUAACGUCACCGCUGCCGAGAUGGGAGUGGUCACCGGCAUCAUGCUCACCGCCGGACUGCUGCUCUCGCCAGUAGUGGGCGCCCUGUGCCAGAAGUACACCUGUCGUCGCGUGGCCAUCUUUGGUGGUCUUCUCUGCUUCCUGGGCUUCUCACUCAGCUCUCUGGCCACCUCAGUAACCCAGUUCGCCCUGACCAUCGGACUGCUUGUAGGUGUCGGCAGCGGCUGUGUUUCAACAUCCGCCAUCCUGAUAGCGACGCGCUACUUCCCCCGGCGGCGCUCCCUCAUCAACGGCCUGGUGCUGGCCGGUAACGCAGCCGGCGGGUUCGCGCUGCCACCGCUGCUGCAGCACCUGCUGGCAGAGUACGGGGUGCGCGGAACUCUGCUCAUCACCGGCGCACUCUGCCUCCACGUGGUGGUCGGCGCCGCGCUCUUCAGACCGAUAGCUCUUCACGAGCGGAUUCUGCGCCAGCGCCGGCCGAAUCAGAUCCGUGAGAGCGAUGGCGAUCCUGCGCAGGGCCCUGUGCAGGGGGCGGAGAGCACGCCGCUGGUAGAGAGGGAGAAGGGCUCGGUAGCCAGAGGCACCGGAAGCUGCUCGCCGGACUCGGCCUCAGCUAGUGGAGAGUUCCGGUUCCCGGCGGCGUCGCCGUUCGGCCGCCGGACCCGUACCGUCAGUGAGAGUCUGUGGAGCGAGCGGCGGCGCUCGUCUCAGCGCUCUCCGGCGGUGGGCACGCUGCGGCGCGGGACGAUCGCCGUCAGCCGGCCGCGGCUGCUGGAGGUGGCCGGUGCGCGCGGCCCGGCCGAGGUGCCCCGGCGACUGCGCACCUCCUCACUGAUGCUGAGCGUGGCGGAUGUCACCGUGGACGCCACCACACAACUGGAGGACGAAGAGCGCCAGCGGAAGGGCGCACCGGGCCCGCUGGCCAGCCUCCGCCGGCUGCUGGACCUGAAGCUGCUGGCCAACCCGCUGUUUCUGAUGGAGGCGGCCGCCGUGUUCCUGAUGGCCUCCGGCACGCCGUACGCGCUGCUGCAGCUGCCGGCGUUCGGCGUGUCGCGCGGCAUCAGCACUGAUCAGACGGCACACAUGCUGAUGAUCGCCUCAGCUCUCGACCUGGUCACGCGGCUCAGCUUCGGCUGGGUGCUCGACCAGAACUACUUCCGACGGCAGUACGCCCUUGCUGCCAGUCAGCUGCUGAGCGGCAGUAUGGUGCUGGCGAUGCCGCUCUCCCACCAGUACUCGGUAAUCACGGGCCUAUGUCUGGUGUUCGCCGUCGGCAUGGGUACCUGGUUCAUCAACCUGGCGCCCGUGCUGGCCGACAACCACGGCAUAGAACGGGUGGCCGCCUCCUACGGCCUGGUCAGGAUGUUCCACGGACUCUCCUCGCUCAUCAUGCCGCCCAUAUUCGGCGCCCUGGUGGACGGCACUGGAGACCACGGCAGCCAGUUUUUCGCCAUGGGCAGCCUGAUGCUGUUCGGUGGACUGCUGGUGCUGCUCACAUUGCUCACGGGCAUGGAUAAGAAGUACGGCGAGGGGGACGCAGACGAGCAUCAGACGCAGAAGAGCAAAGCCGAGGGCAAGGCGGGGAAGGUGUGACAGCCGCGGGGAGGCAGACGUGGUCACCCUCUGCUUCUGUGAAGAGCAGCCGGACAGCAACGCUGAUAGCCAUCAUGGUGGCACGCGAAAAGCUGUCAGCAGCCGUCGGUAAAAGCUAGACCUUUCAAGUGCUCGGGAUAGGAAAGUCUAAGAAUGUAUUGUAAUGUAUACUCAUGGAACUCUGAAAAGAAUAUUAUUAACUAAUAGGCAUGUCUCGCCAUGGUCGAUGCUCAUUUCCGCCUUUGAUGUUUGAUUUGACGAGUCGCAGGGAAACGGUUACCAAACCAAUAAUUGUUUGCGCAGUUCCACUGGAAAUGAAGAUUUUAUGCAACAAAUGGUCCCAAAAAUCUUCCCCCCCCCAAUGUCGACAUCUUCUGAGCCAUCUAAGGUCGAUUCCGUGUUCAUUUCGAUGUAUUUUAUGCUUGUUUUGUUUAUUUUGUUGGGUUAGGCCCUUUCGGUCCAAUGAGACCAUUUCCGAGCCGGGAGGAUGAUAGGAAUUAGGGGGAGACAUUGGUCUGGGCAGGCACCCUAGUGACUAGUGAGUCACCGGGGAUGAGCCCGUCCCGAAGGACAGGCCAACCAGCCCCAAGGUACUCACUGCACCCAGCUACGGGUUUGCUCCCUCGUGAGCAGCGGUGCCGCUCCAAGGGAGCAGCCCGCAUGAGAUAAAGGUGCAUGUCCAGCCCGGAGUGGGAGUUGCGAAGUGAAGGAUUUCAGCAUCCUGAGGAUGGAAACGACGGACGGGUCUGGUCUUUUAUGAUGCUCUUGGGUCUUGAGAUACUGAUGGAAUCAACCACGGUGACUAAGUUAUCGGUGAUAAGGUCAGUCCAGCUGUGUUAUGCGACGAUAAGCCCACACUUCUUACGUUGUGCAAUCACAGAAAGCAGGUGGAAGUCGAAAGCCAUAAGCCGGGGGUUUUCACCUCUUGAUCGGCUGCCCUAGUUGGCAGUGGUGCAUCGUUCUUUCUGAAAGGCGAUAUUUUGCGCAUAUACGUAUUUUUUGCAGUGUUUGUGGUGAGACGUUUUAAUAAAAUGUCAUAUUAUUUGUCUUUGAUC